AUGAGUUAUUCUUCAAACAGGUUCGUCUACCGCGAGAAUCGCGUUCCUCACUACCAGCGCCUCUUCCAGAAGCACGAUGGUCUGAGACAAUGGCAUAAGACCCCCCGCAGCAAGUUCAUGCUGUACCCCUACUACGCUGUUCUCUGGGGCGGCUUUGCUGGCUCGAUGUACAUGAUGGGCCGUAUGGUUAUGGGCCACAAGACCUGGUUCAGCAAGGGAUAG